UAAAGUUGAAUAUGAAGCUGUUUGCAUUCUUUGGUCUUGUACUCCUCAUUCUGGCUGUGGGAUUGACCCAGUUCCCGCAGCAGGUGGCCGGCCAUGGCCAGAACACUCCCCCGCCGCCGCCUCAAAAUGGCAAUGGAAAUGGCAACCAGCAGGGUGGACAAGGUCAAAACGGACAAAAUGGACAAAACAAUAAUAAUUAAAUGAACACCAGAAACCAAAAUGUCUUUCGAGUGGAAACACUUGUCACUUAAUUUCGGAUUUAAAUAAAUAGUUAAUUCAGCAAAUUGAAAAA